AGACGUCACGACCUUUCUCUUAUAGAUCAAAACAUUAGGUCUAUGAGACUUAUAAGGCGGGGAAUUAUUAUAGACAAUUACAGCACAGGCACCCAAUUUCGUCGUCUUCGACUAAUCUUCGAUCCCGGAGAAGCAAAGCUGAUCGCCUCGAGAUCCGGGAACACGCUCUCUUUUUUUUUGUCUCCGUUCCGCAUUUGUUCUUUUAUCGGCUUAAGAAUUCAUAUUUUCAUCGUCGGAAUUCUCUGCUCAACUACGUACGAGAUUCAAUCGCAAUGGGCUUCUUGAUAACGACCCUGAUUUUCAUCGUGACUGGCGUCAUUGCGUCCCUCUUGGUCAGAAUCUGCUGCAAUAGAGGACCUUCUGGAAACCUGUUUCACUUAACACUGGUCAUUACGGCGACAGUGUGUUGUUGGAUGAUGUGGGCAAUUGUAUAUCUUGCGCAGAUGAAGCCACUAAUUGUUCCAAUCCUUAGUGAAGGGGAGUGAGGUGGUCUGCUGAAGAGCUACACACAGUGCUUCUCUUGAAUUAGCAUUUUGUAUAAUGGCUGGCUAGUGGUGAUUGUUACUGCAAACCUUUCCCCUCUAGGAUUCAGAUGUUAUUGUUGGGAACUAACAUCAGGUGGUUCAUUUCCUAAAAGAUCUUACAAUUGGUCUGAGCUACGUUGUAUUUUGAUCCAUGUGUGUUCCUUUUCUCAUCUAUCAUUUGGAUACACUGGGAUUGUUUUUAUCAGAGAUUGUGAAAUUACUGCCAUGAAAUAAAUGAUGGAAUAUAGAAUAUGAGUUUCAA